UAGCUUGCCCUUGGGGCUCUGUCUGCUGAGACUGGCCCCGUGCGGGGGACCCUGUUCUGGAACUGGGGGCGGCUGAGACUCCAGGGCCCCCGGGUGGUGGCGAUGGCUCACGAAGGGAAGGAAGAGUGGAAAGGUCCUCGUGCCUGAGGCCAUGUUGCCGAGCCACCGGAGAGGAAAAUGGGCGAGGAAAAUGGGGCGUUUCAGAAGCAGCCUCGCCUCCCAGCCCUGAGAGCCCACAGAUAUUUACGUGGAGCCCCACCCAGGAGCUAGAGGGAGAUUGGAACGCCCUGAGGCCCUAGCGAGAAGUGUGGGAUCCUGGAGUCCUGUUUGCACGUUGGCUUUGCAGAAAGCAGGCACCGGCGGGACGAUGGGCUCCCGGGGACUGAGACUUGUGCUGGCAGGCGGCCUGUUGCUGGCCUUCGCCUGUGGCCCGGUGCUGGGCCGUGUGCCACGUGGUCUCCAGGAGCCGCUGGAGCAGGAGUGGACCAAGGAGCCACUGCUGGACUACGAUGAGAGGGAUGGAGAAAAGCAUGAAAAGCCCAGCCCCAGGCGGGGGGAGGAGGCCACAGCUUCCCCGUGCUUCCGCUGCUGUGACCCUGGUACCCCCGUGUACCAGGCUGUCCCUGUGCCACAGAUCAACAUCACCAUCUUGAAAGGUGAAAAGGGUGACCGGGGAGACCGCGGCUUGCAAGGCAAAUACGGCAAGACCGGCUCAGCGGGCGCCCGGGGCCACGUGGGCCCCAAAGGGCAGAAGGGGUCGAUGGGGGCCCCCGGGGACCGCUGCAAGAACCACUACGCCGCCUUCUCCGUGGGCCGCAAGAAGCCGCUGCACAGCAACGACUACUACCAGACCCUGAUCUUCGACACGGAGUUCGUGAACCUCUACGGCCACUUCAACAUGUUCACGGGCAGGUUCUACUGCUACGUGCCGGGCAUCUACUUCUUCAGCCUCAACGUGCACACCUGGAACCAGAAGGAGACGUACCUGCACAUCAUGAAGAACGCGGAGGAGGUGGUGAUCCUGUACGCGCAGGUGAGCGACCGCAGCAUCAUGCAGAGCCAGAGCCUGAUGCUCGAGCUGCGGGACCAGGACGAGGUGUGGGUGCGCCUCUUCAAGGGCGAGCGGGAGAACGCCAUCUUCAGCGACGAGUUCGACACCUACAUCACCUUCAGCGGCUACCUGGUCAAGCACGCCGCGGAGCCCUAGCCCGCCGGCCCCGUGCCGCGCGCCGCAGCCCCCCCCGCCCCCCCCACCCCGCCCCCCAGGCCUGGCUUCCCUGCCCCGCCGCCCCAGCUUCCGCCUCCUCCACGGCGCCCUCCACGGAAGGGGGAGCAGGAGCAGCUGCGCUUGCCGGCCUCGCGGGCUCCCGGGUGGGCUCGGCAGGCAGGCACCUGCCCGGACGGGGUGUCCAGCUGCCCUCCGUGCCCCAGUCCGUAGGCGACCCCGGGGCCGGCCGCCACGU